AUGCGCCAGUCGGCGGCCUGCGAGCACUUCCAGAGGGGCCGAUUCAUUGCCAUGCUGCAGCUCCUGUGGAUUAUCCCAGUGCUGUUCUGCUCCGAGAGCAUCCUGAUUCGGCUUGGGCAGAGCCCAGACGUGGCCAGCCUUGCGGCAGCCUACAACCGCACCACUGCACCAGCACUCUUCUUCUACUUCCAGUACCAGGCGCUGGCAAAGUUCCUGCAGAAUCAGUGCAUCACAAUUCCACCGCUGGUCAUCAACGUGAUGACCUCGAUCCUUCAUGUGGCAUGGUGUAGCCUGUUCGUGGCAAAGCUUCAGCUGGGCAACGCCGGUGCUGGCUAUGCAAAUGCCGUGACCUGGACAUGCCAGUGGAUUCUGAUUGCCCUCUACUGCCUGCGCAUCGCUCCCAAGCUCAGCAUGAGCCGCCGUGAUGUUAUGCUUCCAGGCAAAGGCACCUUCGAGAAAUGGGGGGCUUACCUGAAGGUGGCCAUUCCCUGCGUGCUGCAGAUGAGCAGCGAGUGGUGGUUCUGGGAGAUCUGCGCUUUGAUCGUGGGGUUCCUGGGCACCAUCCCCUUGGCGGCACAUGUGGCAGCGAAUCAGAUCAUCGCCUUGUGUUUCAUGCCGGCGCUCGGCAUCGCCACUGCCGCCUCUGCCUUGGUCGGCAACAUGCUGGGCGCAAACAGGCCGCGGGAGGCCAAGCAAUACGUCAAGGUGUGCUUGGUCAUGAACUUCUUCGUGUGGCUCUCCAUAGCGGCGGUGCUGUCGUUCGGCCGGCAGCACAUAGCGAAUGUCUACGUCAAGCCCGGGGAGGUGUCAACGCUCAUGCAGAGUCUUCUGCUGAUCUUUGCCUUCGCUGGCUUUCCGGACACCACGCAGCACGUCAUGUCGGGUGCCCUCCGUGGAAUGGGUAUGGCGACCGCUGGCAGCGUGGUGUACCUUCUCAGCUACUAUGGGCUUAUGCUGCCGGCGGGCUAUGCUUUGGCGUUUCCUUUCGGACUCGGUGUCCGCGGCGUGUGGUAUGCCUUCGGCAUCGGCACGUCUGUGGCAGUGGGAGUGUUCAGCGUAUUUCUGGCCACGCUGGUUUCUGAAAAAAGCCUUCUGGUGCGCACUGCUCCACAGGAGGGAUCGCUUGAGUAUGAUGAUUAUGGUCCCGGCUUUGGGGUCGUUGCAUCACGUAUCCUUGGUGAGGAUAAUGCUGCAGAUGGCAGCUGGUUUUGGGCUCUCUAUGCUUAUGGCUCCUUCACGCAGGAGUGGCUUCGGUCCCCGAGCAGCGCAGAUACCACAGACCUGGACACCUUCCCCCACAUCGCCUGGGUGGCCUGCAGGACAGCCGUGGAUCCCCGCGAGGAGACGGAGAGAGUGACCAGGCUGCUGGGCAGCAAGCCUUUGAAGAGCUGA